UUGGUGGUCCUUUUAUUGCCGCAAGUGGACAUAUGCUCGGCGGAGCAUCAGCCUACCGUGAAUGCAUUAUUGUCAGCGUCAAUAAUCAAUUGACUCCCAAUUUAGAUGAAUUCAUAAAUGUAAUGAAAACACUUCCAGAUGGUGCAAGAGUUCCUAUAAGGUUUUAUUCUCUCUCCAAAAUUCAUAAAGAAUAUGUUACAAUUAUGAACGUAGAUCGACAUUGGCACAAAUUCCAAGUAGCAAUUCGCGAUGAUACCACCGGCUUAUGGAAUUAUAUUGAAAUGCCACCGCCUCCGGUCGUUCAUUCAUAUGAACCAAUAACCGCAUCGUAUCAAACUUUACAUACCUCAUUGGGUCCUGCCGGAAAAGUUUGGCCUUCGUUCGUGUUACUUGAAUACCGCCUACCUUAUCUAGUGGAUGGAAUGCUAAGAAAGCAG